GCCAUCCCAGCAAAAGGAACACAUCUCCCCAUCGUCAUCAUGUUCACCAAGGUUCUUCUGUGCAGCUUCUUCGUUUACGUGGCGACCCAGGUUACGGUUGAACAGCCACCCCAGCCAUAUAACUUCGGUUUCGACAACACUGACGAGUUCGGUACCCGCCUCGUACGCCAGGAAACCGGAGACAAAGACAACACCAAGAUCGGAUCUUACAGCUAUACCGACGCCUACGGAAUCACCCGUACCGUCAAGUACGUUGCCGAUGCCGACGGAUUCCGCGCCAAAGUAGAGACCAACGAGCCUGGUACCAAGACGUCAAGCCCGGCCGACACUGAGAUCGUGGCAGUCGCCUCUCCGGUUGUUGUUCGCUCUUCCCCCGUGGAUAUCCAAACUCCAGUAGUUGUCAAGGCUGCGCACCCGACGCGUUACGCCGUCCACGCUGUGCACGCCACUCCUGCUUUCCAAAACGUGCACCCAAGGCCUGUGGUGUACACCGACCACACCGCGCCUGUCAUCUACACCUCCCACCACCAGACUCCGGUCACUUACACCUUCGCCCAGGCUCCCCUGGCUUAUAGCUUUAGUCAGGCAAAGAGCACAUAAUUAAUUCGAGAAUAUCGAAGGGUGUGAUUUCCGAAAAAUGUUUUGCAUCAUUUUCAGACCUCUAGUUUGGGACGAAAGUGAAAGCCCCCUUUUUGUCCAGGUGCUCAGUCGCAAAAUGGAAUUGAUUAAGUUUUUUAAAUGAGGCAUCGUUAAAUGUUGUAUGGUAAUACAAUAUCAACCCCCUAGAUAGUCUUCAGAUUAAGGAUCGUAAAGAUGUUCAUAUCACAAUAAAUAUAUUUUGAGUCCUAAACUCUUCCUUCAAUUUUGUGAUAUUUUGUGAUCCCAUGAUAUUGUUCAAAAAUUAGAUAGAAUGAUAUUUAAGGGAGCAAUAAAUGACCGGUGAAUUUCCCAGAA